AUGUCUACGGCUCCCAGUCACUCACCUAGGGAGUCUCUGCCGGCAUCUCUUCGUCCAGAUGCGGACCAUAAAGGCUACGAAGUUCGACUACAAGCGUGGAAUUGCACCUGCCCAACAUUCACGCUCGCCGCAUUCCGCGACCUGGGUCCAAAGUUGGCCGGGGACGAUCCUUCUAGCGGUGAUAUCUCGCAAUCCCACCGUGUGUCCGACGUGCAUUAUUACCCAUUCGGUGGAAGCUUGACUCGACGUUUAGUGAAGUGGUCGCACCCGGUAUGCAAGCAUCUCCUUGCUUGUGUAUUGGCGGAGCGCUGUCCCGCACUCAGUGGGCCCUCAGCAAAUGAUCACGGUCGAAUCGUCGUCGGUGCACAGGAACUGGCAGGUUGGUGUGCUGGUUGGGGCGGAUGA